AUGGACAGCUCCUCUGCUGCCGGGGUCCGUUUGAACAUAUAAGUCGGUCGCUGAUUGGCUGGAUUCGUUCUUGGGGCGUGGCACCAAACUGCCCCGGUUGUGUCCGGGUAAGAUGGCGUUGGAAGAGCAGUGCUCGGCACCACCUCGAUGGCAGGCCAUAUCAGUGACACACGUAGAGUUUCCCGAGGGGGAUCUCACGGGAAAACUGCUGGCCUACAUCAGUCUCCUACCCGUAGCUAUUCUUGUGGGUUUUGUCACUCUCAUAGUGUUUAAACGGGAACUGCACACGAUUUCCUUCUUCGCAGGAGUCCUCCUAAAUGAAGGCGUGAACUGGGUUCUCAAGCACAUUCUCAGAGAGCCGCGCCCUUGUGCAGGAAUCCACACAACCGUGUAUGCCGAGUACGGCAUGCCCUCCAAUCAUUCCCAGCUUAUCUGGUUCUUCGUUGUUUACUUCUUUCUUUUUCUUUAUUUAAGGAUGCAUCAGACAAACAAUGCUCGAUGUGUGGACCUGCUGUGGAGGCACGUCCUGUCCGUCAUGCUCCUGGGCAUGGCCUCGUCCGUCUCAUACAGCAGGGUCUACCUGUUGUAUCACACCUGGAGUCAGGUUUUCUGUGGGGCAGUGGCUGGCAGUGCGAUGGCCGUUAUCUGGUUCUUUUUCACUCAAGAGGUGCUAACACCUCUAUUCCCCAAAAUAGCAGCGUGGCCAGUAUCAGAGUACUUCCUGGUGCGAGACACAAGCUUGAUUCCCAACAUCUUAUGGUUUGAGUAUACAGUGACCAGAUCAGAGGCCAGGAACAGACAACGAAAGCUUGGAACAAAACUUCAGUGAUCUGCAGAGAGUUUAGGCCCACGCUUAGAACACACACACAGACAGACAGACAUUCUCAUCCAUUAACGCAAACAGAAGCUCAAUCGACGAAACAAUAAUAAUUAUGGAAAAUUAAAAAAAAAAAAAAAAACACACACUGGAGAAUCAUCUUUCGGACUGAUUGGGCUGUAAGGAAUGUCGGUAACAAAACGGCGGAGAAAGAUCCCGGACCCGGCCCGGAGCCUACAGCCUGAGCACGUCCGUCCACACGCCUUCCCCUCUUGUACAGCUUGCCCCAAAUGCUAUUCAGUGCAUGCAAGACUGUGCAAGAGGCGUACUAUUUAAUGAUAGAUUAAUAUAUAUUUUAACUAUAAACGCACGCUGACAGUAACGGUUUACUGUAAGAGAUUCAAAGAGCCGAAAUGGAUGCUUUGAUCAAGUUUCAGACAUAUUGAUGGGUGUCAUUACAGCAUGUAUUUAGUGUUUCUUUUUUUUUUUUUUUUUAGUUUUUUUGUAUUUUCACUUUGGAUAACGGGUGAGUGAGUGGGGAAGGGUGGUUGGUUACUGGUCUGUUGGUAAUUUGUGGAAUUAAACUUUUUUUCAUUGUUAUAUUAUGAUAGAAAAUGAACGAUUUUUAAAAUUGGUCAUAACAUAAGAAUUUGCACUUUGUGAAAUUUGCAAGUUAAAACAGGACUAACACUAGUUAAAUGUUAAGAUCCUCCCCUUGUUUUUCCUCAAGUCUUUGCUUUGUGUCUAUGACUCAGUCCUAAUAUCUUAGGCUCCAAAGCUGAUCUGCAGGCACUGUAAAUCUUAACGUACCUUCUGUAAUCUUGAUUAUCACGGUUGUAGUUUCUGUUUGUACUUUUUGUCUGUGGGUUUGGAGACUGAAUCACUGCAGAGAGUUUUGAGUUCUUCUGGGUGUUAAAGCCACUUUAGACUGAGAAGGUGUUUUUGUUAUUUCCUCAUACACGGUAGCAACCUGGGAACAGAGUUCAAGGGAUCGGUUUCCUUCUUUUUUUUUAUUCCAUUAUAUUGUUUUCUGCCGUUGCAGAACAGUUUUCUUUAUAUCUGCAUUUCUAAAGUAACAUUCCUUAUCAUUGAGUGUUUAAACAUAACUGAUGAGGGGGACAUGUUUUGUAUUUUUUAUUUUAUUUUUUUCCUGAAGAAAGGUUUAAAAACACGCCUCAGGUCGGUUGUAGCAUGUGAUUAUGCUUUUUUUCCUCGCAGCCUACGGCAGCUAAUGUUGAAAGCUGUCAAAUGGGGAUCUGAAGCUGAUUAAAGCGAUCAUAUCAUUAGCUUCACAAAGGGAAGUAGUUCUCUCAGAAAAAAAACAGUUUUUCCAUGUGUAACCUCUAUCAGGCUGAAUAAAAAUGUGUUUAUGUACAAAA